AUGCUUUCGCGAGCACCAUUGAGAGUUGCGGUCUUGAGAAAGGUUGCAACCUUCAAGCCAGCUCGAGGCACUGCAACAUCCAAGGAUACGCGACCAUCAGAUACGCCUUCACAGGAUGACCAGAAGCUGGAGAAGAAGGCCCUCGAGGCUGAAGCUGCAAACAAACCGGAAAUGACACAAGCUCAGAAAGACAAAGAGCUCAUGGAAAAGCUUGCUGGCAUUAGUGGAGAGGGUGGCGAGGCCGGCAUCGAAUAUGAAGAUGGCAAGCCGGUGGCGAUGAAGCGAGGCGUUAAGAACAACAUGUUCAGAUUGAUUUGA